UGUUUUUUUUCCUCUCCCACAACGGACCAUAAUAUACGAAGCUGACCGUCAGCUCUGCCGGUCCUACAUCCUCUUCUUCCCUGCGUCUCUAAGAGCAUGCGAUCGCUUAGUCGCUGACAAUUAAAAGAUCAUCCUUCAGCUAAUUAAUCUUAGCAUAGCUCUGCUAGGAUUAACGACCUAAAUUGGAAGUCGGCAGCUCUUGUUUCACGCACGAUGGCAACUCCAGCUUCCUGGUCAUCGAAAGCAUAUAUCGAUGGGAUAUAUAUUCCGGCCGGUUUGCUAGUGAUUGGAACAUACAUUGUCAAGCAGGAAUGGACGCCUUUUGCCGCACUCAUUGCAAUUGCCCUAGGUGCUCUUAAAUACUUCCGUUCGUUACCCAAGAAGGUGUUGAAACCAGAUGUCUUCCAAGAAUUCGAACUGAAAGAGAAAACAAUUAUCUCUCACAAUGUAGCCAUCUACCGAUUCUCUUUACCUGCUCCGACAUCUAUCCUCGGCCUUCCAAUCGGCCAGCACAUCUCGAUUGGUGCUGCUAUCGUACAGCCUGACGGUUCUACUAAAGAGAUUGUGCGAUCGUAUACUCCCAUUUCCGGCGACCACCAACCUGGUUACUUCGAUCUGCUCAUCAAAUCCUACCCAACUGGCAAUAUCUCCAGACACAUGGCCUCUCUUGGUGUAGGCCAGACAAUUCGUGUCAAGGGACCGAAAGGUGCAUUUGUCUAUACUCCCAACAUGGUCCGCCAUUUCGGCAUGGUUGCCGGUGGCACCGGUAUCACUCCUAUGCUCCAAGUUGUCCGUGCAAUUAUCCGAGGACGAGCUGCAGGCGACAAAACCGAGGUUGACCUCAUCUUUGCCAACGUCACGGAACAAGAUAUCUUGCUCAGAGAGGAUCUCGACGCGCUAGCAAAGGAAGAUUCCGGAUUCCGAGUCCACUAUGUUCUCGACAAGCCUCCUGAGGGAUGGACUGGUGGUGUAGGAUAUGUGACUCCCGAUAUGGUUACUAAAUGGCUACCGAAGCCUGCCGAGGACGUCAAGAUACUGCUCUGCGGCCCGCCACCCAUGAUUGGAGGGCUGAAGAAAUCGACAGAGAGUCUCGGUUUCAAGAAGGCUCGCCCUGUCAGCAAGCUAGAAGACCAGGUGUUUGCCUUCUAAAGUAGCAGAUAAUAUCCUGCGUGUUGGAAAUAUAUAAUUUUCAACAAAUCUUGUGAUCAAUUCAACCUUACAAGAUAUUUUCGCAUAUCAUGCAACAGAGAGGAACUGGGCGUCAUUAUCUCAUCAAUGGGACUCGCUCGCCAGUGGUAGCCUCCGUUCAUGCUACAAGACAUCAUCUUAAAAUUUAACUAAUAAUUGACUACUUACGUUGUAUACGAAUAUGAAUCAAUC